GUUACUGAAUACCAAUACCUCUUCCACUCCAUGAUCAAUCUUUGUCAAAGGUCAACGCUCACAUCUUCCAACCCAAAAUACCUUCACCAUUACUCCACAGAUCCUAAAUCCCUUUCUGGGUCUCCUUCUUCCCCACCAAAUCUCAAAUGGGUCGGAGGCAGAACGACCCAGAAGCCACCCAUUACUCCACUCCCUUCCUCCUCUGGGUGGGUCUGGUCUCCUGUGCUCUGGUCUACGCUCUUCUCUCUGUGGUGCUUAAACCCAAUGCGCCCGAGCUCCAGUCAAUGGCAUUGGUGGAACAGAGUGGGGAGAAGGGAGAGAGUGAUAGGGGGUGUUGCAGAGGGAUUGAGAAUUUGGAGCUGUGGGGUGCUGCUGUCAAGUGGGGUUCAGAGUUUAAGUUCAAUUCUUCUGAGGAGUGUUGCCAGGCUUGUAAAGCAAUGUGUACUGGGACUGAUGGGCCUUGUUUGUGUGAUAGUUGGGUCUUCUGUGGGAAGAAGGAGGCUUGUGGCACUAAAUUUGGCGAGUGCUGGUUGAAGAAGCAGAAGGAUACAUUGUCCCCUCAGCGCCAGGAAACAGGGGAGAAAGUUAGUUGGACAUCUGGAAUCAUCUUUGGGAGAGGAGAGGGCAUUGUUGGCUUGGAAACACAAUAUGGGACUCUACAUAUAAAACUUUUCCCUGACUGUGCCCCUCAUUCUGUGGCCUACAUUCUUGAGUUGUUGGAAUUGCGUCAUUGUGCAGGCUGCCAAUUCUAUCGUGCAGAGAGCCGUGGGGAAUCAUGGGACUCAGAAGGAAACCACAUUAAAGAUGCUCCUUUCGGCCCUCCUUUUGCACUGGUUCAGGGAACACUGGAAGCCCAAGGAGCCACAUUUAAGAAGUUUCCAACUGAAGUUUGCCCAACCUUAAGAAGGGGUUCGGUAGCAUGGAUUGGCUCUGGUCCUGAAUUUUUCAUAAGCCUUGCGAACCAUGAGGAGUGGAAAAAAGAAUACACUGUCUUUGCUUCUGUUCUUCCAGAGGACAUGUACAUCGCUGAGAAAAUCACUCAGCUUCCCACCACCCCUGAUGUUUGGAACAAUAUCAAUGUGUCAGUGUUGGAGAAGCCUGUUCCUUUGAUGUUGCGAAGAAUCAAGACAAGCCAUGGGGAUCUCACCAGAAACGGAAAAUAAGUGAUAACUGACUUAGAUGGAACUUAAAACACGAAACAAACUUCAUUCAUGUAUCGGAGCAUAUACCAAGCAGGGAAUAAUAAGACUCUUGGAAUGAUUACAUAUCAAGCAAGAAUUUUUUUUUGUUUUCAUGUACCAAACUUCAUUGAUGUAUCAGACUAAAUACAAAGCAUGAGAAUAGUUAACCCAGUUGAUGAUGGCAAUGCUGAAUCGGAGGGUUCUGUUUAUGUA